UUUCUGGCAUUCAAACAUUGUUUCUUUUUCCAUGGCAACUGAGUACCUGCACCAUAAUCUGUUAUUUAUGUGUUCUUUGUUAAUUUUGAACAAGUGACCAGUUUCUUGACUUUCUUCUUUGUACUCUUGCGCCUUCGUUUUUUAUUUUCAUUUUUGCAGAAGGCUGAUGCUUCCACCAACUGGAGAGAAUGUACAAGCCCUGAUGGGAAUAAGUACUAUUACAACAAGAUUACCAAGGUGUCCAAAUGGGCAAUACCUGAUGAAUUAAAGUUGGUUCGCGAGAUGGUCAAAUUGGAGCCAAUCAAGGUGUUAGAACAAGAAAACAGUGGUGUCUCUCAUACCCUUGAUAAAACAUCGCUUUGUAGUGCCAAAGCAUCUCCUAGCGCAGCUUAUUUAUCAGCCUUACCUCAAGAAGCUGGAGCAAGCCCAAUAUUAGUGGCACCAGUAGUCACUAACGAACUGUUAAGCCUAUCUGAUAAUGUAUCUAAAUCACCAACCGAGUCAGUUGGCAUGCAAACUCCUUCCAAAACCGCUUCACCAGUUGUCAAGUCAGAUGGACAUGGAGUGUCUACCACCCCAGCUGACCCUAUCACAACUCAAAUGGUUUCUGAGAUUUCUUCAGUUCAUGAUGCUGCAGCUGAUUCAGAUAUAGGUUCUCCAGGAAAGACACAGGAAGUUGAGAUAGGUGCUGGAGUUUCUGAAAAGGGAAGUGUUGCUUCGUCAGAUGAGAAAUUGACUGAGCCAUCACCCUUAGUUUACCCUAGCAAACUGGAGGCCAAAGAUGCAUUUAAAUCUCUUUUGGAAUCUGCAAGUGUUGGGCCUGACUGGAACUGGGAGCAGUCCAUGAGAGCAAUAAUUAAUGAUAGAAGAUAUGGGGCUCUGAAAACACUUUCUGAGCGAAAACAGGCUUUUAAUGAGGUAAAUCUCCAUGUGAGAUGAUGAUCUGUUGGUGUGGUUCCUUAUGAAUGUUUAUCUUUCCUC